AGGUCCGUUACGUAUUUACCGACCGCGACGACCGCGGAAGUCCACCGCGGUGGAAUGGUGGUGAAGGGCGUCCAAAUGACCGGUGGCGGGGGUGGCGUUACCGUGCCCGGUUCCGGAGCUGACAACGGCCUGUCGGAAGCGUACGCCAAGAUGACCGCCGACAUACUGGCCGAACGGUCGCUGGGAGAUUUUCUGUCUGAACACCCCGGCGAGCUGGUACGUACCGGCAGCCCGUUUCUGGUGUGCACCAUACUUCCCACGCACUGGCGGUCCAACAAGACACUUCCGGUAGCGUUCAAAGUAGUGGCGCUGGGUGAAGUGCCCGAUGGAACAGCCGUCACCAUACGUGCGGGCAACGAUGAGAACUUUUGUGCGGAGCUGCGCAACUGCACCGCUCUGAUGAAGAACCAAGUGGCCAAGUUCAACGAUCUGCGAUUUGUGGGAAGAAGUGGCAGAGGUCAGUGUGUAGUAUUAAAAUACUCGGCUGGACAUCAACACGACUUGUUCACGACGUGCACGGUCAAUGCGCAGUCAACGACAGCCGUGAUGCCACCGUUUGCGGACACGACCGUGCCAACCGCCAACGGGCCAGGCGACCUAGAACAUCAACUGCUGCUGUCGUCGUCGUCGUCCAACUGUCACCAGCAACACGACCGUACAGGGUUCCCGGCGGUCAGGGGUUACCAGCAACAGCARACGACAGUUAACGACCAGUCGAUGCCCCCGCCGGCGCCGGACCUGCACCCGUCCACUUCGUCGGGUCCCCUCGACUCACCUACCGGGCCCGGUGGGUCUACGGACGACAUGAUGGCCAUCGGCCACGCGCAUGGUUACGAUCAACUGGGCGGUGGAGGUUACCACGGCGGCGGUCACUUGACGACGGGCAUGCAGUUACCGGCGUCGUUGCAACUAUACUCUCAGCUGUACCACGCGUCCGCGGCCGGCAACACAACCAGACAUCAUCACCACCACCAUCACUACCACCAACCCGGCGACGACGGAGGCGAUGAUCAUUUGCAGGUCAGCGGCGCCGUGCAGAGGCCCACCCAACAGGCAGUGGCCGCGACUGACCACUCGGCGGUCUGGAGACCUUAUUGAAUGGUAUAGGAUCGACACUACCCGACGACCGUCCGCGGAUCUGCCUUGUCUCUAUAUUAUGUAUGCCUUCCUACACUAUUGUUUUUAUUACGAUGUGUUUGAUAAUAUAUGAUAUUAUAUGACA